AUGGUUUCUUCUUCUUCUUCUUUAUCGGAAGUGAAGAUAAUCUCUCAAUGCUUCGUCCAACCCAAAACUCACCAUGAAAAAUCAAAAGAGCCAUACCAUCUUUCACCAAUGGAUCAUGUGAUGCUCUCGGUCCAAUACAUCCAGAAAGGUCUUCUCUUUCUCAAACCAUCGAUUUCUGAAUCUGAUGAUGCUGUCAAAACAAAAGACUCCAUGGAGAGUUUGCUGGAAAAGCUUAAAGACUCUCUAGCCACAACACUUGUCCACUUCUAUCCGCUCGCGGGUCGCCUCUCGAUCUCAAAGACUGAUAAACCGAGAUCCUACUCUGUAUUUGUGGACUGUAACAACAGUCCUGGAGCUGGAUUUAUCCAUGCCAAAUCAGAUCUAAGUGUAGCAGACAUUGUUGAGUCCAAACAUGUUCCUUUGGUUGUUCAAUCCUUCUUUGAUCAUCACAAAGCAGUGAAUCGUGAUGGUCAAACCAUGAGUCUCUUAUCAGUCAAGGUAACAGAGUUGGUAGAUGGAGUGUUCAUAGGAUUGUCUAUGAAUCAUUCGAUUGGAGAUGGAAGCUCCUUCUGGCAUUUCUUCAACUCGUUGUCCGAGAUCUUCAAUUCACAUGAAGACAGCAACGAAAAGUUGUUGUGUCUCAAGAAUCCUCCAAUCUUUCGUGAAGUGAACGGUCCCAUUUGCAGGCUUCCCUUGAGCCCACUUGAAAACUCCAUUAGUAGAUUCGAACCUCCGGUUUUGAAAGAGAGAAUGUUCCAUUUCUCAGCAGAGACACUGAGAUCACUGAAGUCAAAGGCGAAUCAAGAAUGCGGAACAUCAAACAUCUCUUCGUUUCAGUCGCUAACAGCAUUCAUGUGGAGGAGCAUAACAAGAGCAAGAAGAUCACCAAAUGAUCAAGAAACUACUUGCAGGUUCGCUGCUGGAAACAGAUCAAGAAUGAUCCCACCAUUGCCAGCGAAUCACUUUGGAGGUUACGUCUCUCUUGCAAGUAAGACUACGAACGUCGGUAAUCUGUUGGAGAAAGAGUUUGGAUGGGCUGCUUUACAACUGCAUCAAGCUGUAACCCAACACAGUGACGAAAAGAUAGCUUCCGACAUUGAUCGAUGGUUUAAGUCUCUUUUUGAUUUGCAAUUAGCGGGACUUUACGAUCCCAACGUUGUUCAUAUGGGAAGCUCACCGAGGUUUAACAAGUACGGCUGCGAGUUUGGGAUGGGGAAAGCGGUUGCGGCUAGAAGCGGUUAUAACGGUAAGUACGACGGGAAGGUAUCAGCUUAUCCUGGAAGAGAAGGAGGAGGAAGCAUAGAUUUGGAAGUAUGUCUUCUUCCAGAGUAUAUGGAAGCUUUGGAAUCAGAUCAAGACUUCAUGUCCUUUGUUUCUUCUUCUACUUGA